GUUGCAUCUAGGCUGAUCUAGCGGGCCGAACACGAGUGAAGGCGUCGCCAAGGAGCCAAUCUCACGCAGGGCUCUAGGGUAAUACGAGCUGCAUGCCUGCAUCGAAAUAAAUAGAAUAUCUAUAAUAAUACACGAGUAUUAUCGCAUCAUUCCGGAGUAGCGCCCAUGCACCGGCAGAUCGCACCAUUGAAUUAUUAAUCACCUCGGUCGGUGUAUCUGCCGGGGCUCUUCGUUGCUGAAGCAUAUAGAGGGCUGCUAAGGUUGUCUCGUCGAAAAAAAAAAUGAGUCGAUGAAAAUUCGGGUAGGCGUGCCAUUCUCAUACUCAGUUAAUGAUCAAUUUCCCACCUCAUCAUGACUGUUACUCCGGACAAUCAUAGUGGAAGCUCGUCGUCUCCUCCCUCCACCCUCCCUGUUGAGGUCGAAAAUGAGAAAGCCAUCCCGGUGCAGGAGACACCGGCGCCUCCUCCGCCUCCCAAUGGAGGGCUGGUGGCAUGGCUCCAAGUGGUCGGAGCCUUUUUCCUCUUCUUCAACUCCUGGGGCGUCGUGAACACCUUUGGCGUGUACCAGACCUACUAUGAAACGGAUCUGUUGCAGGGUCACUCUCCCUCGUCCAUCUCCUGGAUUGGCACGGUCCAGGGCUUUCUCUUGUUCCUGGUUGGAGUCGUUGCGGGUCCCGUGUUCGACAAGGGGUACCUCAAAACCAUGAUCGCCGUGGGCUCCUUUCUGGUCGUCUUCGGUCUGAUGAUGACCUCCCUGUCGACCAAGUACUACCAAAUCUUUUUGGCCCAUGGAAUUGCGGUCGGCAUCGGCUGUGCCUUUCUCUUCCUGCCGAGUAUCGCCAUUGUGGCCACUUACUUUACCACACGGCGGGCCGUGGCGACAGGCAUCACGGCGUCCGGAGGUAGCAUUGGAUCCGUGAUAUACCCCAUCAUCUUCCACAAGCUCCUCGGCCCCCUCGGCUUCGGCUGGACCACCCGUAUCAUCGGCUUCAUCGCCCUCGGUGGGUUGUGCAUCUCCCUCGCGGUGAUGCGCUUGCGACUGCCCCCUCCCAAGCAAACCCGCUCCCUCCUGGACCUGUCGGCCUUCAAGGAAGCCCCCUUCCUGAUCUUCAGCUUUGGUCUGUUCUGCGCCUUCGUCGGCCUCUAUUUCCCGUUCUUCUACCUCCCCACCUACAUGUCCCGCGUCGUCCACUCCACCGAUGACCUGGCCUUCUACAUCAUCGCCAUCCUCAACGCCACGUCCGUGUUCGGUCGUAUUACCCCCGGGCUGGUAGCAGACCGGCUUGGCUCCCUCAACACCAUCAUCCCCAUGGGUCUGGGUGCGGCGGUCCUCGCGUACGCCUGGAUCGGCAUCAAGAACCUUGCGGGAACGAUCGUGUUUGCGUGUCUGUAUGGGUUCUUCUCUGGGGCGAUUGUCUCGUUGCCCCCGACGAUUGUGGCGCGGUUGAGUCCGAAUAUGAAUAUUGUCGGCACCAGAAUGGGGAUGUGCUUUACGUUUGCAGGAUUGGGACUGUUGAUUGGCAAUCCCAUUGCCGGGGCGCUGCUGGAUGUGGAGAAGGGGGUGUUUUGGAAGGCCGAGCUCUUCAGCGCGGUUAUGGUUACGGCGGGAGUGGCUGCUUUUGUCUGGUUGAGGCUUUUGAAGUGGACGGAUGGUGAGAAAGGAAAGUAUUAAUUCGGGCGACGUUUUGGUGAUGGUGAUGGUGGACGGUUGGAUUCGGUGGACGGUGGUCCAGGGUUGGUUAAAAGCUACUCUAUUUUCCUCGUUAGUCAAAUCACAAGUGCAGAAAAGGGAGUUUAUAUGAUCUAGACUGGACACUUCUCGAAGUUGGCGCAGCU